AUGUCGCAUGAUCCCCGUGUUCUCCUACAGAAGGCCGACAAAGCCCUCUCCAGCGCCUCGGGCGGCUGGAGCUUGUUUGGAGGACGUACGGAAAAAUACGAAAAUGCCGUGGAUCUCUACAAGGAAGCUGGAAAUGCUUUCCGGGCCCAAAACAUGAACAGAGAAGCCGGCCAGGCCUAUGAGAAGGCUGCUUCGAUCGAAGAAAACAAGCCUCUCGAGGAAGUUCUUGAUGCCGCCAACACUCUCCAGGAUGCGUUCAAGGUCUACCGCAAAUCAAUGCCCGAAGAUGCAGCCCGCGUGCUCUCAAAAGCCAUAGGUCACUACUUCUUGCGAAACCCUCGCCGUGCUGCGACUCAGCUACAAAGUUUGGCCGAACUAUACGAGAAAGAGCUUGGGGACGAGAAGAAGGCAUUGGACGCAUACCAGAAGGCAACGGAUUUGUUCGAGAGUGAUAAUUCCGAUGCUCUUGCCAACAGAAACAGAUUGAAGGUGGGAGAACUGGCUGCCAUUAUUGGCGAUUACAAGACGGCCAUCGAGGCUUUCGACACGGCCGCAGAGGUUUCCAAGAGAGACCGUGUUACAUCCUUUUCCACAAAAGACUACUACUUCAAAGCAGGUCUUUGCACUUUCGUUGAAAAUGACGGCCCUGCAAGCCGAAACUUCAUCCGAAACCACGACCCAGAUGGCCAGGCUUCGGAGCAAAAGACAGGAUUUGCGGCAACCAACGAGUUCCGCUUCCUCAGCCAUCUGCUCAACAUCUUGAUCGAGCCGAUGCAAAACCGGAUGCAACACUUUGAUGAUUUGAUGGCCGGUUUCAGGAACACCCUCCUCUUAGACAGUGAUCCUUGGAAGCUUACCAUUCUCGUGCGGAUCAAGAGAAACCUCCCCGAAUCCGCCACGGUUAAUGACGCGUCUGCCCCUGCUGAUGAUUUGGAGGAUGACUUUUCCUAG